AUGGUGGACAAGUUACUGCUGAAAAUAAAGGACCUUCAACAUCCCUAUGGGCUUACUUGGCUAGAAAAGAAUAAGGAAAUAAAGGUGAGUAAACGAUGCCUUGUCCAAUUUUCAAUUGGUGGAAAAUAUAAGGAAAAAGUUAUGUGUGAUGUUGUGCCAAUGGAUGCUUGUCACUUACUUUUGGGAAGACCUUGGCAAUAUGACAGAAAAACUAUGCAUGAUGGUUAUAAAAAUAUAUAUAGUUUUGACAAAGAUGAUGUUAAGAUUGUAUUGGCUCCAACAAGAUUAGAUGUCAGCCCGAAGCCUUCAAAAUGGAUGAAGAAUGCUCUACUCUCUAAAUCUAAAAUUUUGAGGGAGCUACAACAUAUCAAGCAAGGAUAUAUCCUUGUAAUGCUUGAAGCUAACAGAGAACAAUGUGAGCAUCUUGCUAUUGUGCUUCCACUUCUUCAAGAAUUUGCUGAUGUGGUGCCUGAAGAAAUGCCACCAAGUCUUCUGCCUCUGAGGAGUAUUUAG